AUGGAGAACUCAUUUCCUGAUGGAAUAACCUUAAAAAAGAUGGAGGGGACUGUCAUUACGGUUAAUUCUUCUCCGUUCACACUUACUCGCCUUAUGGCUGAGAGAAUCCUGGCAAUUAUCAAGCUUUACAUACAGAUGUUUCCGAAUCCCGAUGAUGAUGUUAGCGAACAGACAAUUACCAUUGAAAUGGCAACACGUGCAUUCAACUUGGAAUGUCAGGCUCUAAGAGAAUGUUACGACCGUAAUCAUCCUUAUACACCAGAAUAUUUUGGAUCGGAAUCACUCGACCAGAAUAGGGAAUACAUUUACCCAGGAGGCUAUCUACAUGUCAUUGCCGUGUCCAAAAUGCCUGGUUCUAUUGCACCAGGGAUGGAUGACUUGACAUCAAGUGAGCAACGUCUUAUCAAGUCACAGUUGACAGAUAUUCUUGAGAGGAUGCGUACUCGAGGAUGGAUAUUUAUCUACCCUUCAUCAGAGAAUGUACUCUUUGACUGGACUUCGGCCCAGACCUACCUAGGUGGUUUGGGGGGUAUUGAAAGGGCAGACUUGGACGAUGAACCAAUUACUGAAUCAUCAGGUGUCAUUGCAGGAUUUGGAGUGAAUAUUUGGAAAUUUUAG